AUGGCCAAGGAGAGAAGACAGUGUGGUCGCACACAGCAGGAACAAAAGAGUGAUGUAAAGAGAGACUGGCAUGGAAAGGCACUGAGCAAGGGGGCUGAAAUGAUGACAUUCACAUGUUCUAAAGCUCAUUCUGGCUGUAGUGUGGAGGACGGAUUGGAAGGAAGCCAGGAUGAUGUUGGGAGACAACUAAGAAGCAGUUUUAAUAGCCUGACAGCUUCCCUUCCAACCUGUCGCAAGCCUAGCGAAGAAAAUAGCUUUGCUGGACGCCCCACUGCCAACACCAAGAUCGGCCCCCGCCGCAUACACACAGUCCGAGUCCGGGGAGGCAAUAAGAAGUACCGUGCCUUGAGGCUAGACGUGGGGAACUUCUCCUGGGGCUCUGAGUGUUGUACGCGCAAAACGAGGAUUAUUGACGUUGUCUACAAUGCAUCCAACAACGAACUGGUCCACACCAAGACCCUGGUGAAGAACUGUAUUGUGCUCAUUGACAGCACACCGUACCGACAGUGGUACGAGUCCCACUAUGCACUGCCCCUGGGGCUGAAGAAGGAGGCCAAGCUGACGCCUGAGGAGGAAGAGAUUUUAAACAAAAAACGAUCAAAGAAAAUUCAGAAGAAGUAUGAUGAAAGGAAAAAGAAUGCCAAAAUCAGCAGUUUUCUGGAGGAGCAAUUCCAGCAGGGCAAGCUUCUUGCGUGCAUCGCUUCACGACCAGGCCAGUGUGGCCGAGCAGAUGUCUACGUCCUAGAGGGCAAGGAGCUAGAGUUCUAUCUGAGGAAAAUCAAAGCCCAGAAAGGCAAAUAAAUCUUCCUCCCACCUUCGGUCAUGUAAUAAAGGUGUUUAUUGUCCUGUCAAAAAAAAAAAAAAAA